UAUACUUUCUCAGUUCCUGAACUCUAGAAAUCAAAGCACUAACAAGAUGGACGUUUGGUCAUGGAUAUGUGAGUUGCCUAACUCAGACCAAUACUGGACCGAUUCAGACCCAUCACCACCCGUAUUUGAACUCGCGAGUUCCGGUACAUCGACUCAUCAUGACAACCAAACUCGGUCCAUUCAACUCAGGGCUGAGAAAUCGUCCGGCUCCAACAUUGAUGCCCUAGUAACGUUCUCUGUUUGCCUUCAGGGCUUUCACCACGUCAGCCCCCAGAAGAUCCUGUGGGUUUCUGACACGUGCUCACUCUCGUCCGAUAAGCCAUUUCUCCCUCUGGUUCUUCAACUUCUCCAGGAAAUUAUCUCUCGUUCACCAACUGCGCAAGAUAGCACCUGCCCACGUUCCCAGCUCCAGAAGUUAAAACCCGACGCCGUAUCAUGGAUUAUGGAUUCUCACACGCCAGAGUCGUUCUCCACCUUCUUCAACCUCCUCCUUCUUACGCGCCUCUUCUGGGUCUGCGCGUUCGACUGCCACACCGAAGUUGGGUCCUUCUACUUCCGGUCCUUGUUAGCUCCGAGCCUGGAAGCUACGUCGUUUAGUAGCUCACCGGCUUUGAGGACGUUUUUCUUAACGGUAGGAGUAGAUGCUGAGCUGUGUUUCAUGCGCACGCUUGGGUACAUGUUAGCCAAGUGGUGUAUUUUAAGGGAAGUGGGCGUCGGAUUACAAACGUUAACUCCAUUGUUGUCUUCUCCGAAAGUCGGGUUCUCUUACGCGACUGAGUCCCAUGGAUUUUGGAUUCUCAAGGGGUACGCGCCUGUCUGGGGGAUGAAACUCACAAGCCCCAACACUGAGAUGAGUCAUUUUCCGGGGUUUGAAGCGAAAGACGCUGUGCUGAAAUACGCGCUGGCGCACCAGCAACUUGAAGUAGUUAUUCAGUUGGAAUACACGGUUGGAUUCUACGAAGGGCUGAUUCAAGUGAACGCACGCGUGGACAACCUGCGCCUCCAUGUGGCCAAAUUAGGGUACAACAAGGACGAUGACGUGGAGUUCGGGGAGGAGAGGCAUUUCCCGUCCAGAAUCCGAGUUUGGGUUGGGCCAGAAGUCGGAGCAAACUACGUCGCGGGACUGAGUUUGGGCCGGUCCACGAACAACGGGGAGAGAGAGAUCGUAGGCAAGAACAUCGUGAAGGGCAGUUUCGGAAAUUCAAAGUCUCCGAAGAUGAAAACCAUGGCCAGGACAUCGACCCGUGCAAAGCAAAGCAACUGGCGGUGGGACCAGGACGCAGAGGGCAACGCGGCUGUGUUUGAUGCGGUGCUGCACGACAACACGACGGGGCAGGAAGUAGCUGCGCGUAGGUCACGGGCUGCCGGGUCGGGCGAUUACGAGGGGUUGCGGGAGCGGUACAGUGGAACGAAUAGGGUGUUUACAAAGAAGGGAGGAUUGAUACUCGCGGGAGAUGAGUACGGACAAGGAGUGGGGUGGAGACUGAGUAAAGAGACGGAAGGGAGUGUGUUGAAGUGGAGAAUUGGGGGUCAAGUUUGGCUGAGUUAUUCGCCCAAUCAGAUUAAGAGUUCGUAUUUUGAGUCGAGGAGUGUGGAGUGGUGUGAUGAGGUUGACUUGCCUCUCAUUCCUUCUAAGUUGUUGUCGUACUGAGUCCAAAAAUUAAGAGUGUUGCUAUUUAAGAUGUCCAACAAGCAUACUUAUAAUAGUUAUUAAAUUAAAAUAUGUAGAUAUUGGAUUGCAAAAACAAAAAUAUUUGUAGUGUUUGGGCAUCAGUGAUAUCUCGUAGUAUUUUUCAAAAAGUAAGGUUGUAAACGCAUAUCUAUAUCUUAAUUAGGGUUAUUAAAAGAGCAUACUAUAUAUACAUAUAGGUAUAUUAGCAUAAAUAGUUAUUGAACCAAUUAGUCAGUCGUGUAAGUACGUUGAAAAUCAAUCUAUGAAAAUUAUAUCUACUUUGAACGAAAUGGAAUUUUAAGAAUAA